GCGUGUCUGUAAGUCGUCCACAUGCUAGCUGCCUGCCUGAUCACCUUGUCUUGCACUGGUGUUUCGCUCUCAGAAUCGGAGCUGCCACCGUGACUACAGCCGAAGUCUAAAUAUCAGUGACUUGCUUGCUGGAUUAUGUCCUCAAUUCGGGACAGCACCGUUGCAGAGGUCUUGUUAAGAACCACGUUUUUUUUUUUUUAAUUAGAGUCUGCCUGCUGCAGUUGCAGUCCUUCGUUUCUAGUUAGCAAGUGUAUGUUAGAGACGAGGGUCUGAUGCUGAUGCAGUGAAGAUUGCGUUGAUCGCUAUCUCUUUGCUUGUUUGCUCUGUGGUGUGUGUUCAUUCUCUCUGUCUAGCUCCACCACCAGCUGGAUGAUUACACAUCUCGCUUUGGUGCUACAUUGUUUUAGUUAUUUUAUUUUAACUUAAACUCACCACGAUGACUGAUUCAUCAGCUCCCGACCUGUCCAGGGCUCCGAAUCUCACUAUCGUGGACCCCGCAGCGCCAAACGGCCAGUGUGCACCCACAAACCAGCACCUACCCAAAAGAGGGAGCCGGGAGGAUCCUUUCACCAUGGACCGGGACCAAGAGAUGAAAAUCAGCGAAAGCGUCCAAUUCAGCGAUGAAGUUGAAAACAGAGGUUUGCUUGAAAGCAGCACCCGGCUGAAGCCUCAUGAAGCCCAGAGCUACCGGAAGAAGGCAUUGUGGGUAUCCUGGGCCUCAAUCCUUGUCACAAUAGCCCUGGCCGUCGCUGCCUUCACUGUUUCCAUUAUGAGACACAGUGCUUCUGCGUUUGGAUUUGCUUUUGACGCCAUGCUUGAUGUUCUGUCCUCAAUCAUUGUAUUGUGGCGUUACAGCAAUGCGGCCGCUGUGCACUCAGCACACCGGGAGUACAUAGCCUGUGUUGUACUGGGAGUGGUUUUUAUCCUGUCGUCCAUGUGCAUUGUGGGUAAAGCCAUACAUGACCUUGCCACCAAACUGCUUCCUGAAGUGGGUGAUUUUCUCUUCAGUGUUUCCAUUUUAAGUGGGAUCCUCUGCAUCAUUCUGGCUGUGGUGAAGUUUAUGCUGGGGAGGAUCUUGACCAGUAGAGCUCUGAUAACAGAUGCUUUUAACUCUCUUGUUGGAGGGAUCAUGGGAUUCUCCAUAUUAAUCAGCGCUGAGGUCUUCAAGCACCACCCUAAGGUGUGGUACCUGGAUGGCAUGACAGGAGUUCUCAUUGGACUCAUUAUUUUGGCUUAUGGAGUAAAGUUGCUUAUUGAUAUGGUCCCUCGGGUGAGACAAACACACAAUUAUGAAACCUUUGAAUGAGUCACCUUGGGAACAAUGACAGCAAGCACGCCUUCCAGCCCUGUACAUUAUUAAAGAUUUGGAAAUCA